AUGAAGCAUACACAUGUGCUGUGGCUGGUCGCCACUGCGGUGGAGGCCGCUGUCCUUCAAAGCCGAUACAUACCCAACUACCCUGGUAUUCAAUUUGGCCCAGACAGAAAGCUUUCGAUUGCAGUCUUCAGUGACCUUCAUUUUGGCGAACCUGAGUCUCAAAGAAACCGUCCAAACGCGGACCUCAAGACUGUCGGCGUGAUGAACUCGAUACUGGAUAAUGAACAACCCGACUUUGUAGUCCUCAAUGGCGACCUCAUUUCUUGCGAAUGGGUUGCCCCUGAUGAUGCCAACAAGUUCAUCGAUCAGAUUGUUGCACCUCUAACUAGUCGCAAUCUACCAUUUGGCGCGACAUUCGGCAAUCAUGAUGCAUCAAGAACCUGUAGCACUGUCUCCAUGUCGGAGCACAUGUGGUGGGAUAUCAAAGGAAAGAACGGCAAGAAACUAUCAUUCACAACACAGUCUGUGGUCGGCGAGGUUGACAAAGUAGGCUGGGGCAACUACUUCGUGCCUGUCUACAGUUCUACAAACAGCAAUGAUCUCAAGAUGCUACUGUGGUUCUUCGACAGUAAAGGCGGCCGCAAGUACCAGCCGACUGGCGACGAUGUCGGGGUACCAUCCUGGGUUGACAGCAAAGUUGUCGAGUGGUUUCGCAAUACCAACAACGCCUUCCGCGAGCAAUAUGGCCGUGCGAUUCCAAGCAUGGCUUUCGUCCAUAUCCCAAUAUAUGCGACUAGGACAUUCCAGGAGAACAGCUAUACACGCACUACCAAUCCAGGUAUCAAUGAAGAGAGAAUAGGGCACCAGCGGGAGGCUUGCGGUGAUGCCGGUAGUGACUGUGCAUACACUGAGGCAGACACGCCUUUCAUGCAGGCGCUUGUCGAGACUGAGGGACUCAUGGGAGUCUUUUCGGGCCAUGACCACGGCGUUGACUGGUGUAUGAAGUGGGCCGAAGAUCUUCCUGGUACCUUACCUAGCAACGGAAAAGGGCUCAAUAUAUGCUUCAAUCGGCACUCGGGAUACGGCGGAUACACUGACUGGACACGUGGAGCGCGACAGAUUGUCGUGGGAGAGGAUCUGUUGGACGAGCACGUGGUUGACACCUGGAUUCGCCUGGAAGAUGGUAGCAUCUCGGGACAGGUGUCUCUCAACGCGACUUUCGGCACCGAUCAAUACCCGGAUGUGGCCAGGCCAAAGAGCUCGGCUCUACAAUAUAGGUCCAAUUCGGCCGCAGCGUCAAGCGAUGCAUAA